UUGUCAUUCCAUGCGUCAUUCACUCGUUCAACGUCGUGCUAUUGUUCCAUGGCGCCUUUUAUUUUUUAUAAUUAAAAUGUGUGCAUUAUAGCAUUAACUCUUAGAGAUUCUAAAUAUAAUUUCUUUUAAUCAGUUUUACAAAACGGUAGUGAUUUCAUACCAUAAUAGCCGGUAUCUGAGAACCAGCUGUUUUCUUCUGUAUAUAGGUUAUGUUAGUGAAUCCAUAUUUUUCGAUUAAAAUUAAUUUAUAAUGAGCGAGUCGGGUUUGAGUAAUAAUAGAAAAGUGGUAGCGAUACCAUGGCCAAUAGUGAAGAAGAAAGUGGAGUGUGCGGGCGCGCCGUUCCUCAGAUAUUAUAGCAUAAAAUGUCACGGCGAUGAUGCGUUGCUCAGCACGUCUAAAGCAAACGAAAAGGCCGAGGAGGUGAUCUUCGACGAUGACGUGGAGUACCUGCGGAGCUUGGACCCCAAGGAUUGGAAGAUGCAGGAUCACUACGCGGUGCUGGGCAUGAAGAACCUCCGUUACAAAGCCACUGACGACGACAUCAAGCGCGCGUACCGACAGAAAGUGUUGAAACACCACCCGGACAAGCGCAAGGCACAGGGCGAGGAGGUGAGGAGCGACGACGACUACUUCACGUGCAUCACUAAGGCCUACGAGACCCUCGGCACGCCGUCCAAACGCAGAUCUUAUGACUCCGUAGACCACACCAUAGACGACAGCAUACCCACACCGGCGGAGAUUAAAAAGGACGGAUUUUACAAAGCAUUUGCCAUGCUUGAAUCAAAUGCUAGGUUGGGAAAGAGAAAUGUCCCAUUCCUAGGUGAUGAAAACAGCUCCAGGGAACAUGUGGAGAGGUUCUAUGCGUUCUGGUACGAGUUUGAGUCGUGGCGUGAGUUCUCUUACCUUGACGAGGAGGAGAAGGAGAAGGGAGCAGACCGGGAGGAACGGAGAUGGAUAGAGAAGCAAAAUAAAGCCGCCCGCGCCAAGCUAAAGAAAGAGGAGAUGGCUAGGAUACGCAGCCUGGUGGAUCUCGCGUACGCUCACGAUCCCAGACUGCAACGUUUCAAGCAGGAGGGACAAGGACAAAAAGUUAGCAGCAAAAGAGCAAGACAGGAUGCAGUCCAAGCCAAGAAAGCUGAAGAAGAGCGUCUCAUUAAAGAAGCGCAGCUCGCUAAACAGAAAGCGGAGGAGGCGGAGAAGGCGCGUCUAGAGGCAGCCAGAGCAGAGCGAGAACAACAGAAGAAGAACCUCAGGAAGGAGCGGAAAGCACUCAGAGACCUAUGCAAAUCCAAUAACUAUUAUGCAGAAAGUGAAGAUGAAACUGUUGCUAAUAUGGCCGCCGUUGAAAAAAUAUGUGAACUAUUAAAAGUUAAUGAACUCCAAGAUUUUAUGAAAGAUUUAGAAUCAAAUGGGAAAGAAGCAUUCCUCAGAAUAGUUAAAGAAACAGAAGACAAACUUGAAGCUGAAAGAAAAGCUAUGUUUGAGACCAAGAAAGCUGAGGAACAAAAAGCAAAGAAGGAUUCAGCUGUGAAAGCCCCUAUUGAGUGGACAGUGGAGUUAACACAAUUGCUCAUCAAAGCCGUAAAUCUAUUCCCUGCUGGUACAAAUCAAAGGUGGGAAGUGGUAGCGAAUUUCCUGAACCAGCAUGGUGUUUUCACAGAUGAAAAACGAUUCACAGCAAAAGAUGUGUUGAAUAAAGCAAAAGAUUUGCAAAGUUCAGACUUCUCCAAGAGCAAUCUGAAGAAGGCAGCAAAUGAGGAAGCUUUCGAUAUGUUUGAGAAAGAAAAGAAAAAGGUCACUAAUCACGUCGAUGACAGCGGUAUAUCAAAAAGCGAUCCCGUCAAAUUGGUUAACGGUGUUUCAAACUCAAAAGCUGCUGACGACAACAAGCCUGAGGAUAGAGCGUGGACCAAAACUGAGCAAGAGUUACUCGAGCAGGCGAUCAAGACGUUCCCAGUAAACACUCCCGAGAGAUGGGAGAAGAUUGCUGACUGCCUCCCAAACCGUACCAAAAAAGACUGCAUGAAGAGAUACAAGGAGCUCGUGGAACUGGUGAAGGCGAAGAAACAGGCGGCGAACCUCGCCAAAUAGCACCGACAAACAAUUAGAUAUGUAACAAAUUGUUAACUAAAUUACACGAUUAUACAUAAUUGACACGGUAUUAUGCCUUUAUGUAAAAUAAAAAAUGAAUUUGAA